UUGCAGAGAGUAAGGUGCUGAUUCGACUCACCCCUCAGUUGCUGGACCAGGUGGUCCUGUCGGACCGGCUGACGUGGGACGGGCUUUACAUAGCAAGAGAUCGAAUAUCGAGAUGGAACCGUUUCUUGAUUUGUACCUGGAAAAAUUGAUCACUGCUGAAAUCACCAAAAUGUACACCGCUUCUUACUGUGAAGGAAAAUUCGACAGAGAUGCGGGUUUUGUGCACGGAUACAAGCUAGUUCUAGAACGAAUAUGGUAAUUUAUUGCCCGCAAAUCCAUAUAAAAAGUUGUUGGACAGUUCAAAGAUCCGCAUCUGUUUUACCCAACGCCCCCUCCUCCAUUCCCAACGCUCCUCAUUGUCGGCUGCUAGGGCUUCUAGCCGAGGCGAUUGGAAUCCAAACUUUGUUUUUUUUUUGUGGGUACACCUCGUCACUCUUCGGUUGUGUCAUACGUUGCCAACAGCCAUCACACCCAUUACACUCGAAUACUACCGGCCACAACAGAAUGUUGCCAGCAGGGGAACGUGGUGCAGGGGCAUGCAGCACGACCGACAGUGAACCCCAGGUGCCUCCACCUGGGUUUCAUUACCCCCCAUGGCUUGCCUUGUGUGGCAGUCAUGAGCACGUUUUAGAGCCCGAUUGGGCUCUAAAAACGGUCGUCGAAGCGCCUAUCGAGGUGCUCUUUCCGAACAUGCCGGUCGGCAUGAUCAACGCCUACCGCUGGGAAUACUUCCAUGCCAAGGUGUGCCUAAUCUGCCAGGAGAUUAGGAGGCGCUUCCGGGAGCAUGAGAAGCGCAAAAGGCAACAGUUGAUCACGGAGUGAUCAACUCGCCUUAGAGCGAACCGAAAUAGGUAGGGACGCCGAUGCUUCAAGUUGGUGCCCCAUUUGGAAUGGCCUCCUCCCGCUCGGUGCCACAAGGCAGCGCCAUACCCUAGCGUAUACGUUGUAUCAUCAUCGAGAUCAGCACCUUGGGAGGAGAUUGCCGGUGAUCCUCUUUUCUC